ACAGCUUGAACUAUCCGAGUAGAAAUUUAAAAAUUAUUCUCUAGAGAGCUUGAAUUCCGUUCCGUUCGAGUUCGAGGAAUACACUAACUUUGUUCAAAGCUUUGGCUUCAUUUUUUCGGUCACGGGCUACCUGUGUUUGGUUGCGGGCUACCUGUGUCAGUACCAUAGGACGAUCGCUUCCUGCGAGUUUACCAUCUUUUCUAGGAGAAUGUUUGCGUCAGGUUCCUCCACAUGCUGUAUCAUCACAGGUGCAAGCCGUGGGCUCGGUUGCUGCAUAGCUGUUAGUAUAGCCGAGGUGGCUCAGGCUCAGAAUUGUGAGGUGACGUUCAUUUUAGUUGCCCGUAAUAAAGAGGGCCUGGAGAAGACAUUGAACCAAGUUAGGCAGGUUAAAUCUUCAAUUAAAGGAUUUUUGAUAGUUGGUGACCUUGGCAAACUAGACACACUUCAAGGGCUUUUAGAUGAUAUUUUCCAAUGUGUCACGCCAUCUGCAUUCAGUCAUUCUCUACUUGUCAACAAUGCUGGUUCCUUGGGGGAUUUGUCACGACCUAUGAAAGACUUCACAGAUCCUGAUGAAGUGCAGCAAUACAUGGGCUUAAACCUCACCUCGCCAUUUAUCAUAGCGUCACGCUUUGUGAAUGAAUUUAAAUCAACAAAGCGUUAUAUUGCCAAUAUAUCAUCCUUGAUGGCCAUACAAGCCUGGAAAGGAUUCUCUUUGUAUUGUGUUGGCAAGGCCAGUCGGGACAUGGCGCACAGCGUUUUAGCUACUGAAGAGGACGACGUGCGGAUUCUCAACUAUGCACCUGGUCCGCUAGACACUGACAUGAACAACAUAAUCCAGGAGUGGUCAUAUAACCAAGAGGUCAAGCAAAUGCUGAAUAAGGGGAACGUUCUUCGUCCAAAGCAGUCGUCAGAUAAACUUGUACAAAUUCUGUUGGAUGACACUUAUAAGUCUGGCGCGCAUUUGGAUUAUUUCGAUUAUUGAUUCUGGCAAACAAUAAAUCAUCAUUAUUAUGGGGCUUUUACGGGAUUCCCGCGCGAAAGUAUUUACUUACCCAUGCAGCGCAUUUAAUUAUUUUGAUAAUUGAUAUGAUUUUAGUAUUGGAUUCCCGCGGAAAAGUAUUUACUCUACCAUGGAGGGCAUUUUAUUUCCGGGGGGGGGGGACUUUUCAGAAAAGUAGACGAGGGUGAUCGUCACAUCUUUUAGGGUGUAAACUUCUAUCUUUUAGGAGGUGUUUAAGGUUUUUUUUUUUUAUUAUUCUUCCAUCUCUUAGGGUAUAAAUUCUGACCAACUGAUAUCCCUUAGGGGGUGUUUUAAAGGUGUUUUUUUUUUCGAUUGUGCUUGUGUAUUUAUCACGCUAACGGUCGCACGAAAUGUAUUACAAUAAACCACAAGUCAACUGAUCGGUGUCCAUCUGCCGAUUAGAACGGAAGAGAGAUGUGCUUGAUGGCGAUGUCUCAAGGACCGCAAGAAAAUUCUGGAAAUGUGUUUGUUUUAUACUGCUAUUAUGGUUAAAAAUUCCCUCGUCCACACCCAAUUUGCCAUCUCUUAGGGGAAAGAGUUGCUGUUGACCACACCCAAAGUGCCUUCCCUUAGGGUAGAAAUUAUUUUGCCGACGAUCACCCCCCGUCCGUUUUUGUCAGAGUCCCCCCUUAUAUUAUUUAUCAUUAUGACUUACAACGCGACUAAGAAAACCGUGAACACCGGAAA